AUGAAUCUGUGUGAUUGUGGUAUGUUUGUUAUCGAGUACGCAAAAGCUAAUCUAAGAGAAGAUGCAAAUGUAGACUGUAAUGACACUCGAAAAUGGAAUGAAAGACAGCUGUGUAAUGGAAUUGAACCCAUUAGGCCUAGUACAUGGCAGAAUAAUAUUGCUUACGUCUGCAGAACUGCUUUCCUUACGCCAACAGAAUUUCGUCGCUUACGUCAGCAGAAUCGUGGCCUGCUUAUAUCUCAAUAUGUUCAUAUCAAUAACUCUAAAUCUACUCCUUCUCUAAUCACUACUGGCGUUCCUCAAGGUUCAACAUUAUACUUUGGUUGCAAACUCGGCGACCAGGAUAAGAACUGGGCGCCUCAUGUAAGGUGUGCGAGGUGUGCAAGUUCACUAUCAUCAUGGGCAAACAGAACUGGUGGAGGACCAGCAUUCGGGGUGCCAAUGGUGUGGCGUGAACCACAAAAUCAUUGUACAGAUUGCUAUUUCUGUUCUGUCAGCAUCUCAGGUCGCAAUUCCAAGGGUCCAAAUCUACCUUUAGCUAUUCGUCCUGAUCCUCAUUUAACUGAACUCCCUGUUCCUGAACCUCCAUCGGAAAUCCCAAACACAGACAGUUCUGAUUUAGAUGAGGAUACUGAUGAUGAAAGUAACGAGUUGUCAGAAGAUGCAAACCGUGAACCCCACUUCAUAACAGGAUCUGACCAGGAUCUUGUUCGAGAUUUGUAUUUAACAAAGCAACAGAGUGAAGUGCUUGCUUCCCGUCAUCAGCAGUGGCAUCUGUUGGCUAGUGAUUUAGAGUCUCGUCAUUUAGAAAGAGAUGCAGAGAACUGCAGCAAUAAUCUCUCUAUGGAUGAAGAUCUUUGCUUCUGUAAUGACAUCAGUAGAUUGUUUGUUGAUCUAGGAAUACAAUAUAAUUCAUUUCAGUGA